GACAGAAAAACCAUUCAGUGCUCCACUAGACAGAAAAACGCCAUCCAGUGCUCUGCUAGUGAUGGGAAAUGCACCAUCCAGUGCUCUAUUAGUGAGACGAAAACACCAGUGUUCCACUAGUAGGACAAAAACACCAUCCAGUGCUCCACUAGUAAGACAAAAACACCAUCCAGCGUUCCACUAGUGAGACAAAAACACCAUCCAGCGCUCCACUAGUGAGACAAAAACACCAUCCAGUGCUCCACUAGUGAGACAAAAACACCAUCCAGUGCUCCACUAGUGAGACAAAAACACCAUCCAGUGCUCCACUAGUGAGACAAAAACACCAUCCAGCGCUCCACUAGUGAGACAAAAACACCAUCCAGCGCUCCACUAGUGAGACAAAAACACCAUCCAGUGCUCUACUAGUGAGGGAAAAAAAUAGCAUCCAGUGCUCUACUAGUGAGGGGAAAAAAUAGCAUCCAGUGCUCUACUAGUGAGGGAAAAAAAUCUUUCCUCCACUAGUGAGAGGGGGAAAAACACGUUCAUGUGCUCCACUAGUAAGACGUGAAUAUGAUCCACUAAUGACAAAAUAAUACGAUCGAGUGCUUAAUGAAAUACUAAACAGGAAAAAAGAAUGAGUUUUAAACCAUAACGUGAGGAAGUUCAGCCAGUCAAUGUUCAAGCCAUCAGAGAUGUGAGUAUCUGGAGACGUGUUCCUGGACCACCUGGCUCUCUCUCUCUCUCUUCCCACCAGCCAUGACAUCUGUUGCUGCCAGGAGGAGGAGACCUCUGCUGCAGCUUCUCUGAGAUCAUGGCAGCUGACACCUGUGGUGGGUGGGUGGCAGGUUGUCGCUACGCCGCCCGCGCUCCACCCACGCCCUCAGCACUCUCCCAUUCCCGCCCGCGGUAACACCACCUACAGCGACGUGACGCCUACAAGUCCAUUCCACCAGCGGCAGACAAACAUAUGAACAGAAGAAGAAGAGAUAUCUGAAAUAAACGGGAUUUAUUAACAUAAGAGAACGAUGACAGAUACAGUCAAUCAAUAAUUCCCACGCACGCACGCAUAACCAAUAAAAAAAAAUAUAUUUCAACUGAAAAAAUGCUCGAGUGAUAAGUCAUUUAGUCAAAAUAUUGAAAUAUUGUUGCCGAAUUAGUUGAAAACUAACCUACAGAAAGUAAUGACCUCAUUAACGACCAGUCGCCAUAGCUUCCACUCCCUCAUUCACCCAUGUUAUUGAACUGAUGGUGAUGUGGGCGAAGCUAUUGCUGCUGAUGAUGAUGCUGCUGAUGCUGCUUCUGCUGCUGUUGUUGUUGCUGCUGCUGAUGCUGCUGCUGCUGCUGAUGCUGCUGCUGCUGCUGCUGCUGCUGCUGCUGCUGAUGCUGCUCCUGCUCCUGCUAGUGUCGGUUACACACCAGUUUCCAGUUAUAUUAAAGCCCUCGGAAAAAAAAAAUCUAAUUUGUAAUCCCUCGAUGCUUUAAAUUAUUUAUUCCAAAUAUCGUUUCCUUCGGAAGCGGAUUUUUUUUCGUAUUUUCUACAACUGACGAACUGUGGUAAAGAGAUAUCGCUAAUGGUGUAAACACUUUGGCACACAUUAGCUUGGUGCGGCAUCUGGUGACAGUGCCAUAAGGAUGUGACACAAGACUGUGACACCUAUUGCGACGAGAUACCGACAAGUGCUCAUGUCAGCAGGCGUAUGUUGAGUAUUCUGUGACCUCGAGAAAUAAUUUUACGAGGCCCCAAACGACAGCUUGCGUCAGCAGCAUCACCGGUGUACUGUGCUACAAACCCUGUAUGGCACAGAUGAUCAACUUAUGACAUCGGACUACUGCUUGUGACAUCGUGCACAAGUUCAGGGAACAACGCAGCAGCGGCAGUGAGCUAUGACACCGGGAAGCAGUCAGUGGCACUGAAGCUCUCGUGAAGGUUGGCAGUACUGUUGUGUGACCUCCACACACCAGACAACAAACAGCAAAUACGGCGAAGCAGCGGUGACACCACAGUGAAAAACCCUACAUUCACAGCUGUCACUGCUGGUGCCUCCUGGUGGUGUGUUGGGCAGUGUGUAGAGACAAGAGACCGGGGAGAAAAUUUAUGAGGCUGAGUCAGAGAGCAGCUGACAAAUUUACGAGAUAUUUGGAGACAUUUAAGAGGCUCAGAGGCCAAUACAACACACACUGGAGAAACGUCUCCUGAAAGCAGUGAAUAACACUGAAGGAAACCACUUGGAAAAAAACAGAGAAACAGUUCAUGAAUCACAGCGAAGCUAUGAGGACUUUGUGGCUACAUAAAUUAUGAAUAAGAUACAAAUGUAGACUGAUAGGCCACAUAAAUAGACUGUAAAGCCACAGACAUAAACUGUAAGGCCACAGAGAUAAACUGUAAGGCCACAGAAAUAGACUUUAGGGUCACAGAAAAAGACUGUUAAACCGGACACAACAAAUGUUUUAAGUGAGUAAAGGAAAAAGUGCACUAGAAAAAGCUGUCAGUUCAGUGAGGUCAAGUGAGGUGUUGUUGAGUGAAUUUUGGUGUUGUGGAGUGAGUUGUAAUGUUGUUGUUGAGUUGUUGUGGUGUUGUGUAGCACUAGGGCAGCCCUGAAAUGCUUAAAUAUUACGGAAAUAUAACGCUAACUUAGCGAGGGAAUAUAUAGAUGAAGCUCGUGAUGCUGAACGGUGCUGCAGAGUGACUGAAAUAAUGGCGGGAAAGGUGAAUCGUAAUAUUGGAAUAUGGUGUUUUGAGGUGCGGUAGCAACGCAUGAGGCGCAUGUGAGACAGCUGACCAACAUGAGCGCUGCCAACGUCACAUACUGGUAUCAGGGGCCGACUACCCUCAGAUUCCUCAACACCUCUUGGAUUUUCGAUGAUGAUUAUGAUUUCGAAAACUACCCCGACCUUCCUCUAGAGAUAACCCAAGUAGACGAGAGCGUCAAUGCCAGCGUCAACGCCAGCCUCAACGCAAGCAUCAACGCUUCCUUGUUUUUGCCGGGUAUUGAGAAUAUCGAAAAAGAGUCGUCUGAGGCGGCCACCAAGGCUCUGGUUGAGGCUGUGGUCAAGUCACUAGUGCUGGCUACCAUAGUAGUGCUGACCAUCUGUGGCAACGUGCUGGUGCUGCUGGCGGUGUUUAUGUCUCGUAACCUCCGCUCCUCCACCCACUACCUGAUCGUCAACCUCGCGGUGGCCGACCUCCUCCUCGGGACCACCGUCUUGCCUUUCAGCGCUACUCUUGAGGUCUCUGGAAAGUGGUACUUCGGGCAGGUGUUCUGCAGCGUGUGGGCCACAGCUGACGUCCUCUGCUGCACAGCUUCCAUCUGGUCUCUGUGUGUCAUCUCACUUGACCGCUACAUCGGAGUUACUCGACCGCUGGCUUUCACCAUCAUGACGGAAAAGCGGAUGUGUGUGCUGAUCGCGGCUGUAUGGGCGCUCUCCAUCGUCAUAUGCAUCGGGCCUGCCUUUGGCUGGAAGACUCCGGCCGAUCCAGACCCGACCGUGUGCACCGUCAACCAGGAGCUGGGUUACGUCCUGUUCUCGGUGACGGGUUCCUUCUACCUGCCCACUCUGUGCAUCAUGGCGGUCUACUGGCGCAUCUACCGCGCCGCCAUCCAGCAGUCCAAGUUCCUGGAGAGUGGCAUCAAGACCACAAAGACCUCCGUCACGCUCAGGGUUCAUCGCGGAGGAGACACCAGAUUGACCCUGAGGGCUCACCGUGGGGGUAUGGGUGUGGGUCUGGCAGCGGGUAUGGCAGCGGGUCUAGCCACUGGGGUGGGUGGUCUGAACGGCCACUGCCUGGUCAAUGGCCCCAUCCAGCCUCCAGAACCCGAGAAGAAGCCAGGAUUGAGAGUGUUUCGAGGUAAAGGUGUAGCAAGAUUGAUGCCACCCACGCCACACCACCUGCGGCUGGCCAUGACGCCAUUCAACUGGCAGGACGACCGCCAGGCAGAGGCAGGACGUGGUCGCUCAAAGAGGCGUCAGGAACAGCAUCAGGGUGAUGCCGCCCAGGACCCGGAGUCGCCCUCCACCUCGCCCGAGCGACGGAUGGCCGGACCUCCGGGCAAGAUGGCUAAGUUCCGGCGGCAGAAGAAGGCGGCUAAGACCCUGGGCAUUGUUGUGGGUGUGUUCCUACUCUGCUGGUUCCCCUUCUUCUUCAUCCUUCCCCUCGGUGAGUACAACCUUAUCUUCAGUGAAUGUAUCUUAUUCCUAUCUGCAGGCGUAAAUACUUUGAGUCAUCUUCACACUCCAUUUCAGACACCUUCAAGCAAAAUAAAGGAAUGUUCGUUAUUUCAUAGGAAGCCAGAAUGCUACUCAAAACAAUAAACUCUGCCGUCACAUAGCAACCUAGUGUUACCUCCACUCAUCCAGGAGUUUUG